UCAUCACGAGGUUUUUUAAGAGUCCCAAGACAGAAUGUCAUUGUUUAGAGAAGAUGAACAACUGCACCAUGUGCCAGGAGCUUCUCAGAGCAAAGUCCAUAGGUAAAGAGCAUGCCUUUGAACAUGAGCAUUGCAUGUGCGGAGGGAUUUUUUUCCUGUUGUAACCUGGAUGCCUGGGGCAGUCAAGAUGAGUUGGGACAACUUGGUGCCUGCUCUCCAGCUCCUGCUCCUGUUCAUCGGGCUUUCUCUGCUGUCUUUGGUAGACACAUAUGGGUUCAAUAAGUGCACACAGUAUGAAUUUGAUAUUCACCAUGUGUUCUGCAUUCGGAAGAAGAUCACCAACUUGACAGAUGCCAUUAGUGACAUACCUGGAUACACUACUCACCUCAACCUGACGGAGAACUACAUUGAAAUCCUUCCUGCCCGGAGCUUCACUAAUGUGCCUGCUCUGCUGGACUUGAGACUAGAGUGGAAUUCCAUUUGGAAGAUCGAUGAAGGUGCCUUCAGGGGACUGGAAAACUUGACCCUUCUGAACUUAGUGGAAAAUAAGAUUCAAAGUGUGAAUAACUCGUUUGAGGGCCUGUCCAACUUGGAGACCUUGCUCCUGAACCACAAUCAGAUUACCCAUAUUCACCAAAAAGCCUUUGCUCCUCUGGUCAAGUUGAAAUAUUUGAGCCUAGCUCGAAACAGCAUUAGCAAUUUUUCUGUUAUUCUUGAAGCAGUCCAGUAUCUCCCGUGCCUGGAGUACCUUGAUCUUACUAACAACAGCAUUAUCUACUUGGACCACAGUCCUAAGUCGUUGGUUUCUCUGCUCCACCUGAGUUUCCAGGGGAACAAACUAAUGGAGUUAAACUUCUCUGCCUUGUCACUGCCUAACCUAACCACUCUAAGUGCUUCCCAGAAUGGCCAUGGCGUCAUUCAGAAUGUGUAUCUGGAAACUCUGCCCCAACUCAGGAGCUUGAAUCUGAGUGGAACAUCAGUGAAACUGGAGAUGCUUUCGGCCAAACACCUGCAGAAUAUAAGGGUUAUAGACCUCAGUAACCGGGAGCUUAGACAUGGUCACUUAAAUGUGAAAACUGUUUGUCACCUCCUCAGAAACCUACCCAUGUUAGAGGCGCUGGUUUUUCAGAAAAAUGCCACCAAUUCGGAGGGCAUUAAGCAUCUAGCAAAGUGUACCAGGCUUUUGUUCCUUGACCUGGGCCAAAACAGUGACUUGGUUCAUCUCAAUGACAGUGAGUUUGACGCUCUACCCAGUCUCCAAAGACUGAAUCUAAACAAGUGCCAGCUUUCCUUCAUCAGCAACAGGACCUGGAGUUCCUUGCAGAACUUGACCAUCCUAGAUCUGAGCCACAACAAGUUUAAAAGCUUUCCAGAUUUUGCGUUUUCACCCUUGAAGGGCCUGAAGUCUCUCUUUCUCUCAAGAAACCCCAUCACAGAACUCAAUAACUUGGCCUUCAGUGGGCUAUUUUCACUGAAGGAGCUCAACUUAGCUGGGUGCUGGAUAGUAACAAUUGAUAGAUAUUCCUUUGCUCAAUUUCCAAAUUUAGAGCUCUUAGAUCUUGGAGCCAACAAUAUCCGGACUCUCAACCGUGGAACCUUCCGAUGUCUGAAAAAACUCAGUGUUUUGAUUCUCUCCCACAACCGCCUGGAAAUUAUAGAGCCGAGUGCCUUUUCCGGUCUCACUUACCUACAUCACCUUGACCUGGUGUACAAUAGCUUGUCAUAUUUUCAUAAACACCUUUUCUCGGGCCUGGAAAAGCUGCAGGUUUUGAAACUCGGUUUUAAUAAGAUCAAAUAUGAAACCACUAGGACCCUUCAAUACCCUCCAUUUAUGAAGCUCAAGUCUUUGAAACAGCUCAGUCUAGAAGGACAACAAAAUGGGAUUCAGGUUGUUCCAAGUAACUUUUUCCAAGGGUUGAGUAGCUUGCAGGAGUUACUCCUAGGAAAAAAUCCCUCCAUAUUCCUGGACCACCGCCAAUUUGACCCUCUGAUUAAUCUCACCAAGUUGGAUAUCUCAGGAACAAAAGGUGGAGAUCGAAGUCUCUAUUUAAAUGCUUCCUUAUUCAAAAAGCUCAAAAGGCUAAAGAUCCUGCGCCUUGAAAAUAACAACUUGGAUUCGUUGGUUCCUGGCAUGUUCUCCAGCUUACAGAGCCUACAGGUCUUAUCUUUAAGAUUCAACAACUUGAAGGUCAUUAAUCAAAGUCAUCUGGAGAAUCUGAAAUCGUUGAUGUUUUUUGAUGUCUAUGGGAACAAACUUCAGUGCAACUGUGACAAUAUGUGGUUCAAGAACUGGUCAAUGAACACAGGGGAGGUCCACGUCCCCUUCCUCCGGAGCUACCCUUGUCAGCAGCCAGACAGCCAGAGUUUGCUUGUAGAUUUUGAUGAUGCCAUGUGUAAUUUUGACUUUGGAAUGGUCUACUUCUUCUGUUCCUUCAGUAUAGUUCUCACCACCAUGGUCUUCUCUUGGUUCAGUGCCAAGAUGAUUUCCUCUCUGUGGUAUGGUUUGUACAUAUGUAGGGCUUGGUACCUCACUAAAUGGAACAAAACAGAGAAGAAGUUCUUGUAUGAUGCAUUUGUCUCUUUCUCAGCCACCGAUGAGGAGUGGGUAUAUAAAGAGCUUGUUCCAGCCCUAGAAGAAGGCAGCCAGACCACCUUUAAGCUCUGUCUUCACCACCGGGACUUUGAACCUGGCAUUGACAUCUUCGAGAACAUCCAGAAUGCAAUCAACACAAGCCGGAAAACUUUGUGUGUGGUCAGUAACCAGUACCUGCACAGUGAAUGGUGCCGGCUUGAAGUCCAGCUGGCCAGCAUGAAGAUGUUCUAUGAGCACAAGGAUGUCAUUAUCUUGAUCUUCCUUGAAGAGAUUCCUAACUAUAGGCUGUCCAGCUACCACCGACUCAGGAAACUCAUAAACAGACAGACAUUUAUCACCUGGCCAGACAGUGCUCACCAGCAGCCACUCUUCUGGGCUCGCAUUAGAAAUGCACUGGGCAAUGAGACUGUGGAGAAAGAAAAUACACAUCUAAUUGUUGUCGAGUGACUGAAAGUCUUAUAACCCCAAAUCUGGCUGCAUAAUGUUACCCAAAAUACAUGUAAGCUGAGUUGACUAAAUGAACCCACUCUUUGGGGACAAAGGCAGGGGUUGCUUAUAACUGUAAGACCUAGGACCAUUUGGGUAGUGUUCAUCAAGCAGCCAGGAGAGUGCAGAGAAGUGCUUGGAAAACUUUCAGGAGCGGGGUCCCACUGCUAUGGAAUUGGAUAGAUGGAAGAAAUUCCUGUUUUAUUAAGGAGAGGACUUGGGACACCAGUCAUCUGAAAUUCUGGGGAACAGAAAGGUCUUGUGUGUCUUUGAGAUCGUUGCUCAAUCAUUUUCUCCAAGUCAGUUCCUGUCAAGAGAGACUGUACUUGUUGUGUACGGGUUUCCUCAAAAUUUAAAACCUUCCAUCUUGGAGGGAAACUUCCUAAGACAGAUGUUUACAGAGAGAUAAAACAACAGGAUGUUCUAGGGGAGAAUGAAAUAUUCCACCCCACAGGAAAGCUUGUUAAGACAGGAGGUAAACAAUUCAAAAUAGUUUCACCGAGUCCCUGAUACUGACCAGUUCCUGGACCCCUCCCUCCCCAAGUGUGACUAAGCAGUAAAGCCUGCUGAGAGACAACCUCAGACAAGCCUAGCUGCCCGGAAGGAGCAGAGGGAAGAAGUGGAGAGCAGCCCAGCUCCCUGGAAGAGGCUCACACCAACUGAGCCCCCAGGAAAGGACACUCCACCCCGCUGAGCUCUCUGCAGGCUGUGCAAUGGGUUCUAGGUUUCCAGCUUAUGUCAGCUGUCAUCCAAGCUUGGGUGGGCUUUGUUUUUCAGUCAUGUCUGCUCCGAUAAGUAACCCCUCACUCAUGUUCUUGUAAAUAAACCCAAUAAAACUCAUUGGUUCACCAA